CAGUUCAUCACCACAAUGAAUUCACAAGCGAUCAGCAGUGUUCACCCACGGCGUGAGGAGGAGCUUGUGGGUGAGACUGCAUCGGCAGAGAUGCUGCAAGAACAUGAUGUCUCGCUCAACACCGCAACACUGGGCGGAUUGUCCAUCACUGCAACUUCCUCGUCCUCUGUCCAGGAAGAUGCAGUAGCUCAGGACACCAUUCAAGCCUCUACACCACCUUGCGGUUGUCUGUCAUCGUCACCCAUUUGGGUCUUGAACCGAUAUAAAUGGGGAUACACAUUUUAUAUUAGGAUUGAUCUGAACAAACUUUUCCACACAUACCCGCGAGUUGGUGGGCCGUUUCAGAGCUUACAACAAGCUUACAGUGCUAUCGAUUGCUAUCUUGAAGAAGAGCGAGACACAACAAUGUUAAUGGAUCAACCUGGGGUUUCUCCAGUGGAGGAAGUCGUGCGCCAAUGUCUAUACUGGCCCGAUGGCACAAGAAAGAAGCGUCUGGAAUCGCAACCAAUUGCUGAAAAGCGUGAUUGUAUGCACCAGUUAAUUCAAGCUUUGGUGGACAAGUGUCAAGAGCAUAACCAUCUUUUGGGGGAUGCUGCAUAUGAAGUCAAAGAUGUUGUGCGCUCCUGUGCUGUUCAAGGGGCCAGUGACCAUAGUAGGAUGCACUAUCAUAUUAAUUUCACUUUAAAGACCAAGGGAGCGGAUGGUUCUACUCGUGUCAUCGAUGAUCUAUUCUUCGCUGAGGUUACAUUUAUGCCAGGAGAUAAAGAAUUGGUGGUCAGCUGUUUCUGCACGGUUAAACCUACUGACAAGGGUUGUUGCCAUGAUUGUGAUGCGAAGCACCCAAAUGAUGCUGCUGCAUACACUCGUGGUCAGGAUACCCCAUUGGGCGAUAUGUUUUGGGCAGGCUUCAACGAAACCAAAACCUUGGAAGAGGAGGAAGCUAGGGUAAGACGUUUGUUCGAUGACCAGGGCCGUGAUUGUGUGGAGAGUAUACAUUUUACGGAGUAUACAAGAGAAUCGUUGAGGCCUAAAUAUUUGGGUAUGGCAGCGACAAUGGAAGGGGAGACUGAGAAGGCUGAUUGAAGUGGAACACUAAGAAAUCGCUUUGAAGUUUCUUGUAACUCGAAGAACUUAUGUUAAGCUUGUCAGGUUGUAGAGUCAAGUACGUUCUGUUGCUAAGAACAUUUGGUUUGGGAUCGGCCUAUUUAUGUUUUAUGCGAACUGAGUUGGUAGUUGUUUAUAUAUAUUAAGAAGUGCAUUUACUAAUUAAA